AUGUACAAGCUCAUUCGGCGCAUUUCAAGUUCAUUUUUCCCUCAUCCAGAUCAGUCUUUCACCGACGCCGACACGUCGAGUGCACCGCAGAUCGGUCGGAAACGACGACUGAGCACUACCGAACCUGACGAGCCAUCGUCAUCUGCCAAGAAACAGAAGUCAGAACCGGAUGAUGCGUCAGAUACCGCAUCGGACACCACAGACACUCCCUCGCAACCAACGAAGGAGACACAGGAUGUGAAGGAGGUUACCAAGGGCGUUCGCGACGUGGAGCUCGAGGAGAAGGCUGCGUCGGUAUCAUCUGCAGAUGAUGAAGCCGCUGGUGUUCCCCUACCCGACUCGCCAGUCUUGAAAGCGACAGAGGUGUCACAGGAGGUAGAGGAGGAGCCGUUGGAGAGGGAGCCGUUGGAGGAGGAUGCUCCAUCAAAGGAGCCGGUGCACACCGACAUAGACGAAGAGGACCGGAAGGAGAACAUACCUCCAUCAGAACAGGCUACCGCGACGGAAGUAGGAAAGGAGGAGACGCUGCAUGCUGAUGUGCAGUCUGAUGAAGAAGAGAUUCCUGGUUUUCCGUCGACAGCUGGUGUUGCAGCAGUUAUAGAAGCAGGAAAGGUCGCGGAUGAGGUGGCCGUUUCGAAGAGGAAGGAUUCGACGGAUGCUCUGACUUCAAAGCCAAGUACUUAG